GCAGUGGCAUACAAUAAUGCAAAUGUUUGAGUCAACGCACUAUAAUUUCCACAAGAAUUAACGAUAAGAACUAAUAAUCUUCAUAGUCUCUCAUCCAAUCUUACAAACUUUCCGAUUUUCUUUCUAUAUCCAUCGUCCAAUGGCAGAAAACAAAACUCUUCCUACGUAUUUUUGCAGAAACUGCGAGAAUCCACUAACUCUCGGUGAAGAUCUCAUCUCCAAAAAAUUUGUGGGAGCUUCGGGGCCAGCGUUUAUGUUUUCACACGCGAUGAACGUGGUGGUUGGACCGAAGAUUGGGAGGAAACUGAUAACCGGCUCGUACGUGGUGGCAGAUGUGAUGUGCAGUAAGUGUGGUGAGACGUUGGGUUGGAAAUAUGUUGAGACCUUCGAUCUUAAACAGAGGUAUAAAGAAGGCAUGUUUGUCAUCGAGAAGCUCAAGUUGACCAAGAGAUAUUGAAACCUAGUCAAGAAUUACUCUUGGAGGGUUAGGUUAAAAUAAAAAAAUGAAAGGAAUUGAUGAUUGUAUA